AAGGGCUCAGCGACAGCGACCCGCAAGAGAGAAGGCAAAAAAAAAAAAAACAGAGAAACUGCCGAGUUCUAAAGAAAAUGAGGUAUCUCGAGUCUCCAACCCCGCCCGCCAAUGCGGAAUAAAUAAACGAAGUCGACGCAAAUGGAGAGGAAAUGAACGAAGAUGUCAACCAUGAGUUGAGAAAGAAGACUUAACUAGCCAUUUACAUACGGUUUCGGUUGAGUUAUACAUGGCAGAGCUCCCCAAUUUUAACGAGAUUGUCGCAGAACGACUUACGGAGAAGAACAAGCAAGAUUGGUUUGAAUGGGUUAAGAACUAUCUAAUAUCUCAAGAUCUCUGGGAAGUAACAAGUGGUAGUAGCGCAAGACCAGACGAGAAUGUGGAAGAUUUUGCUAGAUGGCGAAGAAUCAAUGCUGUAGCAUUGCAUGUCAUUCGUAUCUCUUGUGGGCCUAACAAUCACUCUCGUAUAAGAGGUGCUUCUGAAGCUAAAGUUGCAUGGGACAUUCUCUAUCGAGCUUACAUAGCACCAGAUUCUCCUCCCAGAGUGAUGACAGAAGUAGUAGAUUUUGAUAUGGCUAUUUUGUACAAGGCUAUAUCUGAGAACAACUGGUCUGCUGCGAAAGAAUUCAUUGAUCACCAUCCUAGGGCCUUGGACGAAGAGCUUGCAGCUUUAACAGGAGAAACACCUCUCCAUGUGGCUGUAAAGUUUGGGCAUGUGCGCAUGGUAGAGGAGUUGGUGAGAUUAGUCCCACCACAAUACCUUAAAAUACUUGAUGCUCAUGGCUAUACUCCACUUGGAAUUGCUGCAUCACAUAGGGGAAUCAUUCCAGUAGCGAAAUGCUUGGUCGAGAAAAACAGCAGUGUACUUGCUAUUCGCAAUGGAGACCUUAAACUGAUUCCUGUUACAUUGGCUUUUCGUGUUGGCCUUAAUGAAAUGGGACGUUAUCUCUAUUCUGUCACUCCUUUGCAAGUCUUCAAACCAGAAAAUGGCUCUCUGGGUCCUUCGUUUCUCAGAGGCUGUUUCAUUACUGGAGAUCUUGAUAUUGCCUUGGAUUUACUUCAACGAUGUGAAGAGCUGAUUUUUACGGCUGAUUUUGGGUAUUCAACAAUUGAGAACAUUGCAUUCUAUCUUUCUGAUUCUCUCAACAAAAGUCAACUUUGGUUCUGGAAGCAAUGGAUUUAUCGCUAUAUCAAAAUACCAUCAACCACGGCCACUAAUCAUUUCUGUGUAGACAUGCAACAAGAAGGCGAGAUGAGUGACAGAGCCAAAGGACUAACUCUACUACGCUGGCUCAUGUCCCUCACUUGUAAUUUGUCUGGAAUGAGGGAAAUACAUAAGCUGAAGUUGCAACAUGCACAAGCAACUGAAAUUCUAAACCUAGCCUGUAAGAAUCUAACAUCUUUGAAUCAGGAUAAAAAGCAAAAGAUUGCAACAGCACUGUUGACGGCGGCUAAAUUAGGAAAUGUUGAGUUUUUGUUUAAGGAAUGUGGUCGCAGCAAUGUUAACUGAAAAGAACAAUAACUUGCUGCAUAUGGCAGCCAUGUUGGCUCCUGCUUCCCAACUUAAUCGCAUUUCUGGUGCUGCUUUGCAAAUGCAAAGGGAAUUGCAGUGGUUCAAGGCGGUAGAGUGUUUGGUGAAUCCCGGAAUUGAGCUUCGUCUAAAUAAAGAAGGGCUGACUCCUCUGGACUAUUUCAAAAAAAACCACAAAGAACUGAGGAAUGAAGGAGAGAAAUGGAUGAAAGAUACCGCAUCUUCUU